CCUAACAUACAUCAUAACGUCAUGCAGUCGACAGAUAGAGCUGAAGAAGGAACAGUGAACGAAGAUGAAGUUCACGAAAUUCUAGAUGCAGAGCUAGAAGGUGGUCAAGCACCAAUGGAAGAAGAUUCAGAUGAUGGUGGCGAAGGCGGAGAAGACGGAGAGGGGAAUGGAGAUGAACAAUUUCAAGAUUCAAGUAUAGCAGCAUUUUACGACCAUAGAAAUUCCGUCUUUUCACUACAAUUACACCCAAAGUUUCCACAAAUUCCAAUUGCGUUCAGUGGAGGUGCGGAUGAUAAAGGAAGACUAUGGGACACACGAACGGGAGCCAAUAUUGUUGAGUUGACCGGUCACGAGGAUAGCGUUGUGUCGGGAGGCUUCAGUGCAACAGGUAGCUUCGUUGCUACUGGUGGACUGGAUGGUCGGAUACGGAUCUGGAACUUACAUGCACCUGCUAGCGGAACGUUUGCACCUGUAGAAAUGGGAGCUGCUCCUACGACCGAAUGGGGACAUUGUGAAUUCAUCACUACUCUAGAAGGUCCAGAUGAAAUCGUCUGGCUUGAUUGGCAUCCAAAAGGUGAUAAUGUUCUUGCCGCUGGUGCUUCGGAUUCAACGGUUUGGAUGUGGCAUAUCCCAAGCGGAAAAGUGAUGAACGUUUUCUCUGGUCAUACUGCAGCAGUCUCUUGCGGUCAAUUCUCUCCAGAUGGACGAAGACUCAUCACUGCAUCUGAUGAUGGAUCACUGAUUGUUUGGGAUCCAAAGGAUGCAAAUGCACUAUCUAAGUUACAGUCUGGAGAUGCUCGAUUUAAUUUGCAAACCGGUAUAACGGCGCUCGCUGUUAGUGCUGAUGGUAAAAUCGCCGUUGUUGGUGGAGCAGCAGGUGCAAUCCGUGUAGUGAAUUUGUCAAAUAUUGAGGAUGGAGGAGCAGCAUUAGUGGUAGCAGCUUUAUCAGGACACAACGAUGGUGACUCUAUAGAACGCAUUUCGUUUAUUGAUUUGCUUGGAAAUCCAAAUGGACAAGCAACACAACCUGCACCAAAGGCUACAACAAGCACGAAUGUUGUAUCUGUUAGCACAGAUGGGAAGGCAAUCAUCUGGGAUCUUUCAGCAGGAAAAGUACGCUGUGAGGCACAUUUGGAAGAAGCCAUUACUGAUUUGGUUGUCCAUGGAUCUGGACCUCUAUUCACUACUUCUACAUCGGAAGGCAAGGUGGUCACAUUCGAUGCUAGAAAUGCAAAUCACGUUGCUGUUCACCACGGAUUUACCGAUGCAGUGCUGAACGUCGUUGCUGGACCGGAUGAUGGAUAUACCCAAGGAACUGAAACUGGCGGUGUUGGGGCUUAUGCUAAUUUGGAGGCCAGUAAAGGAUGGAAAGUUGUAGCUGCUGGUGAUGAAGGCGUGGCGCUCGUCUUUAGAGCUUGA